UUUGGACUUUGGUUGAGACUUCAGUCCAAUUAUUAUUUAUAGCUCAUCAUUGUAUUACGGACCUAUUUUAAUUUGUACGCCGUCAAAAUUAAAAAAUAAUUAACAUUAAUAAGUCGAAAACUACUUUAAAGAUUCAUGACUCAUGUUGCUACUUAGUACCUCUGUUUAUUUUGUGCCAGUUUUAUUUUAAUUUAGAGGAUGAACUCGAGAGGCUCAUUUAAGAACUCACGAAUGAAUUUUAAGUUUCAAAAUGAAUCAAACACUGAAUAUAAAGGUACAAAACCGAUACGAGAACAAUCGUCUAUAACCGAAGUUCUAAUUUUAAUGAUCGUGCACGUUUGUAAAAAGGUGUUGUUCUUUGACACAAAUUUAAAAAUAGCUUUAUAUCUAGGAACUCUCUUUUUGCUAUCACUUAUUGCAGACGUUCUUAGUUUUCCUAAAACAUAUUUCUCUAGAAGUGAUAAUGUAUUUAACCAAUAUUUUGUUAAAAUAGGAUGGUUUUGGACAUUACUUUUGUCUGUACCCUUUGUUUCGUUAACAUCCUAUGUUAUAAAUUGUGGAAAGAGGAAUACUAUUAUCACAGCACACUUAUCAAGAUUGAUAAUUGCAACUAUUUCAUGGUACACCUGGACAACAAUAUUUAAUGUUAUUGAAAUAAAAUAUGGUCGAUGCAACUCUAAUAAAUUUGAUAAUAAAGUAACAUGCUUAAAGAAUGGCCAUUUUUGGAAUGGAUUUGAUAUAUCUGGGCAUUGUUUUAUAUUAAUUUAUUCCAGUUUAGUAUUAAUAGAAGAGGCUAAAGCUAUAAAUGGUUGGGAAAAAAUAAAAGACUACAUACGUGAUGAAGCCUAUUCAAGAAGUCAAAAUGAUAAAUCACCUAGUAUGAACCCAUUGAAAAACAUUAAACCUGUGGAAAUGGAUAUUCUACGAACCUCAUAUGAAAAGUUUACUCCAUACAUAAGAGCUCUUAUAAUUGCAAUUGCGUGUCUUCAAGUUUUAUGGGAUGUGAUGCUUGUGUCGACAAUACUAUACUAUCAUAUAAUGGUUGAAAAAUUCAUUAGUGGUGUAAUUGCAAUACUAACAUGGUUUGUUACAUAUAGAGUUUGGUAUACAAUACCAGGUAUUCUCCCUAAUAUGCCUGGCCAAGGUCUAUUUAAGUACAAUAAUGGGAAAGUGGUACAAAUUAAUACAAGUAGAAGAAAAGCAAGUUUGACAAACACUAAGCACUUCAUGGGAAUGCCAAUUAACACAGCUCAAGAGAAUAUUGAAACAAGUGAAGAUGGAAGAUAGAUCUUAUUCUCCCUGUUAUUUUUGUCAUGGAUUGGUUUUUUAAGGGUUUAAUGGUAUGAUGAUGAAUAUCUUAACUAAAAUAGCUAUAAAACAAAUCAUAACACAAGUGUUGUAUAUUAUCUUGCUAUUUAUUACUUGUGAGGAUUUAUUUAACAUGGUUUUUGACUUUUAUUAAAGUUAUUGUUUUAUAAAA